AUGGAGAGCCUCAGCCACCCCAGCCUGAGCGCGCAGCAGCAGCUCCGCUCCUUCAUGUCGCUCCCCGCGGACGACGAGAUGGCGCAGCUGAUCCUCGAGGAGCUGUCGUUCUCGCGGCGCGCGUUCACGGGCGUGGCGGCGGAGAUCGCCACCUCGCCGUCGAGCAAGUCGGCGUCGGGGCUCAACUCGAUCUCCGAGGACGACGAG